AUGGGCUCGUUUUCAUCCAUUAAUUGUAAUUCCAUUUUUGGUUAUGUACUUCGUGCUCGUGGUCCUCAUUUUGAAAUACGUCAUACUUUUCAUCAUGAUAACAAAUGGUUCAAUGCGAAUAUGUGCUUAUAUGAUACUUGUUGUCGCAUUAAUUAUAAUUUCAUUGCUAAUUAUUCAUGCCGCCGAGUACUUUAUGGAUGUUUUGUCGAUCUUUUUCAAAAGCAACAACUCUUCUGA